CACAACAAUGUCCAGUAUCAUAUCAAAUGUCCUGCUCCCAUUCGUCCUUGCCCUUCUCCUUAUCCACGUGUUGACUACAGCUAGCAAUGUCAAGGUCAUGUCCAUCAAUCCAAUGCACGUGAAAGAGGACAACGACAGUGGAACAGCACUCAACUGCGGUCAUGAAGACAUUAACAUCACCUGGUGGCCGAGAGAUUUUUGUACGGGCAUGACAUUCCGUUUUCAUUACAGAGUUCCGUACUACACGAACGGCGGCUUCGUUAAUGCAAGCCUCCACUACCACACCGACCCCAACCCUAUCCUGAGAUACGCGGACGACUUCGACUGUGAAAUGAUGCAACAAGUUGGCCUACAAUGCCCUCUCCACAAUAAGUUUGUUGUAACGUUGACGAAAACAGUCAAGGACGAAAGACGUCUCAGCGCUUACAACGGAUCCUACGAUAUUCUCAUCCAAGUCUGGAACCAGGACAACAAACCAAUGCUAUGUGUCAACAUCAGCCUAGUUAUACUUGACUGCCACUAA